GGCGGCCAUGUUAGGUUUGGGCAAGAGCUUCACCUCUGCUCUCUGUUUCCGCCGCUCGCUUCCGAGCGAGAGCCGCCUGGCGACUGUGUUCUGAGGGACGACGACGACAAGGGCGGGAGAGAGUGGCAGUCGUCCCAUUUGUUGUCCUGCACUGCUGGUUCUGUGAAGGCACAUGAAGUUCAAAGCCCUGAAUGGCUGGGAAGAGGUCAUCCAGCAAGCGGUCCCUGCUGCUGGGGCUGCUCGUGGCUGUAGCCACUGUCCACCUGGUCACCUGUCCCUACACCAAAGUGGAGGAAAGCUUCAACCUGCAGGCCACACACGACCUGCUCUACCACCGGCUGGAUGUGGAGAAGUAUGACCAUCAUGAAUUCCCUGGAGUUGUCCCCAGGACGUUCCUUGGGCCAGUGUUGUUGGCAGCAUUCUCCGGCCCUAUGGUUUAUGUGCUUUCACUAUUAGAAGUAUCUAAGUUUUACUCUCAGCUAAUAGUUAGAGGAGUCCUUGGGCUUGGUGUGAUUUUUGGACUCUGGACAUUACAAAAAGAAGUGAGGCGACAGUUUGGGGCCACCGUGGCCACCAUGUUCUGCUGGGCAACAGCCACACAGUUUCACCUCAUGUUCUACUGCACGCGGACACUGCCCAACGUGCUGGCCCUGCCUGUGGUCCUGCUGGCCCUCGAAGCCUGGCUGCGGCACAGCUCGGCCCGCUUCAUCUGGCUCUCUGCGUUUGCCAUUGUUGUCUUCAGGGCUGAGCUGUGCCUGCUGCUGGGUCUCCUGCUGCUGCUGACGCUGCACAGUGGGAAGGUCUCCAUGCCCAGCCUUCUCCGUCACGCCAUCCCGGCUGGGGCCGUCUGUCUGGGACUGACAGUUGCUGUGGACUCCUGUUUUUGGCGACAGCUUGUGUGGCCGGAAGGAAAGGUGCUUUGGUACAACACCAUCCUGAAUAAAAGUUCCAACUGGGGUACCUCCCCACUCCUGUGGUACUUCUACUCAGCCCUGCCCCGGGGCCUGGGCUUCAGCCUUCUCUUUGUCCCCCUGGGCAUGGUGGACAGGAGGACCCAUGCACUCCUUCUGGCAUCCCUGGGCUUCGUGGCUUUGUACUCCCUGCUCCCACACAAAGAGCUGCGGUUUGUCAUCUAUGCCUUCCCUAUGCUCAACAUCGUGGCUGCCAGAGGCUGCUCCCACAUGCUGAACAAUUACAAAAAGUCCUGGCUGUAUAGAAUGGGGUCCCUGCUUGUGAUAGGACACCUGGUGGUGAACGCCACCUAUGCGGCUGCGUCCCUCUGUGUGUCCCAUUCCAACUAUCCUGGAGGCGUUGCGAUGCGGAGGCUGCAUGAGCUGGUGCCCCCCUGGACAGAUGUCUUUCUGCACAUUGAUGCUGCUGCUGCCCAGACAGGUGUGUCUCGGUUUUUACAAGUCAACAGCGCCUGGAGGUAUGUUUACAGUCUACAUGGCUAUAGUGGGCGCCGUUCCUCUUGGAGGCCAUGUACAGGUCCCCUUAGGGGCACCCCAGUGCUGGGGGUGGCGUGUGGGGGUGAUGUGGGGCCACAGGCGGGGACGGGCUGGCUUUUCCCUUACAGGUACGAUAAGAGGGAGGACAUGCAGCCCGGGGCUGCAGGCAUGCUGGCCUACACCCACAUCCUCAUGGAGGCUGUCCCCGGGCACCUGGCCCUGUACAGGGACACACACCGGGUCCUGGCCAGCAUCAUGGGCACUACAGGCGUGAGUCUGAACCUGACCAAACUGCCUCCCUUUGACAUCAACAUGCAGACAAAGCUGGUACUUCUGGAGAGACUCCUCAGACCAUCCUGAGGAGGAACUGUGACAGACCUCCAGCAACCAAAAUCCAUCCAAGAACUUGUUCUCAACUAGGACAGUACAAAGAACAAAGAGGAGAACCAUAAACAUGCCCCUGACCAGGCAGGACUGGGCUCCCAUGCACAGCCACACCAGGCUCACAGUGGCAGCGCCUGAGGGCCCAGGUGACAGUGCCCUGCUCAGACUUCCUGCAUGGUGCCAGGGUGGGUGACAAGAUAAUUUAUCAUCCAGGCUGGGCAUCGUUCGUAACUAUCAGGGGCCAGUGGGCCAGCCUGGGAUGCUCUGGACACAUGGUGGCCCUUGCCACGUCCUUCCUGCCCACCCAUGUGGAGCUGCAUUUUGGCAGCACAAUGCCUGAUGCCUGCCAGGCUCGUAGUGUGCCUGAGGCAGCACCUGCUCUCACGGACCCUACCUGUAAAUUGGGGCCUCAGCACUGCUGACAGUGCCUCCCACCCACCACUGCCACUGUGACUUCUAUAUUCACAGGCACGUCAUCUCCAUCUCAGAUUAAACUGUAGAUGAACGUGUUCAGAAAGGAAUGAAGAAAAAAAACAAGCCAAUAAAAUGUCAAUUAGAACCUCAAAGAAAAAAAGAAUGAAAAUAAAAUCUUGUAAAU